GCCUUAACUGUUUUACUCCUGAAGUCCCGUACUCAUCCCUGAAGCUCAUACUAGAGUUCAACAACACGAAGAUUGACAUCCAAAUUACCUUUUCGUUCGCUUUUUUCCUACAAGACUUAUUCAAUUUGUGUCUUGUUGUUUGUUCUGCCUUAUCGAAAAUGUCUUCUUUCAGGAUGACAGCUCUUAUGCUUGCUUUACUUGUUACUAUGUCCGCGAUUGUAUCUGAAAGCCGGGUAGCGAGAAAAGACCUUGGACUGGAUCUUGGGGGCAUAGGACUUGGGGUUGGAGCAGGGAUAGGCGUUGGCUUGGGAGGUGGUGGUUCAGGAUCAGGAGCUGGAGCAGGAGCUGGUUCCGGUUCAGGAUCUGGGGGUUCAAGUUCAAGCUCUUCAUCUAGUUCAUCGUCAUCAUCCAGUUCAUCUGGUGGGUCUGGUGCAGGUUCUGAAGCUGGUUCAUCCGCAGGUUCUUAUGCUGGAUCAGGAGGAGGCAAUGGGAGAGGCCACGGUAACUAAUUAAGCAUUCCGUGCUAACAAGAUGUAUGCGGGGAAUCAAAUAUUUAAAAAUGAAACUGGUCUGCACUUUAUGUGCAUGAAUAAACGUGGAGUAAUAUUUUCUGUUAAUGGUAGCCACUCAAGUACAACUCAAGUGGCAGUAAGAAUGAUGUCCCAAUAGAUAUUGUCAUCUUGUUAUGCAGUUUACAGUUUUAAUUACUAUAAUUAAGUCAAAAUUAUAAAUGUCACUUCAUAUGUAAUAUCUAUUUAUAUUAAUAAAGUAGCAUUAUUUCUGGAAUAA